AGCGUGCCCGGGUCCGCGCGCAUCAUAACACCGAGUCAAUUUAACCGCGUGAGAGUGGAGCUCGCGCGCGCCGUCAAACGCGCUGAAACACACGAUCCAUCCACGAUCCUGCGGCGGACUGAGGAACGCGCCGAAUGCUCACAUAACAAACCCUCACUGAACGACACACACUUUCUAUCGGGAACUCGGGCAGACUUUUCUGUUGUGUUUUUGUUGUUGAGUGUUUCAAACUUUUCUUUCUAGACUGAACAACAGCGUUUCGGCUCUGGAUACCCAGGUUGAGUAGCGCAUUGUGGAAAGUUGCACUUGUCCUGUUUGGCACUUGUAAGAUUUUGGUUUGUUCAGGUUUUAAGCGCUCACUCCGUGGUUCAUGCACACAAAUGUUAGCGGUGGGGCAAAUGGAUGCUAACAGGCAGAGUGCUUUCGUGUUGGGUAGCACGCCACUGGCCGCGCUUCACAACAUGACCGAGAUGAAGAACUCGCUGUUCCCUUACACGCUGCAGAAUCCCGCCGGGUUCAAGGCUCCUUCAUUCACCAACCUCAGCUCACAGCUCCCGCUGGGAACACCGCACGGAAUUAGCGAUAUCCUGGGAAGACCCAUCACUACGGCGGGACAACUGCUCUCCAGCUUUCCGCGGAUAAACGGCUUGGCCACCUCCGCCGGGAUGUAUUUUAACCCCGCCGCCGUGUCGCGCUACCCCAAGCCGCUGGCGGAGCUCCCGGGUAGAGCGCCUAUCUUCUGGCCGGGAAUGAUGCAGAGUUCCCCGUGGAGAGAACCCCGGCUGCCCUGUCAGGUACAAGCAAAUUUAAUGUUGGACAAAGACGGCAAGAAGAAACAUUCCCGACCAACUUUUUCAGGACAGCAAAUUUUUGCACUGGAAAAAACCUUUGAACAGACCAAAUACCUGGCCGGACCGGAAAGAGCGCGUCUCGCCUACUCACUGGGAAUGACCGAGAGUCAGGUCAAGGUCUGGUUUCAGAACCGGAGAACUAAGUGGCGCAAGAAACACGCAGCGGAAAUGGCCACCGCCAAAAAGAAGCACGACUCGGAAACGGAGAAGAUGAAGGAAAGCUCGGACAACGAGGACGAGGACGAGUACAACAAGCCGCUGGACCCCAAUUCAGACGACGAGAAAAUCACGAGACUGCUGAAAAAGCACAAGUCGGCGAGCCUGUCGCUUAUGAGCCCCAGCAGCAGCAGCAGCUCGGACACGUUGUGAUGCUGAGCACAGACUCUUUCCUGCAGCAGCUGAGGAACUUUCAGAAGAAAAAAAAAACUUCAAGCAGGGUACACAGGGGGUCUCCGAACCUCUUACUGCUGCCGCAAGCGGAACUCGGAUGUAUAUAUAUUUUUUACCGAGUAAAUUAUGUUAUUAAACCACCAAAAGGACAUGGUCAUUGUGCACUCCUCCUCAACUGGGACAGAAAGUUGAUUUCCUUCUGUCGCAAAAUAACCAAGUGUGUCACUACUUCUCCAGGGUCUCCGUAUCCAAGUCCACCGGCUGUAAAUGAUCAUGUACAUAGAAUUUGUUCUAACAGUUUUAACAGCAUCCCCUUCGGCCGGUUCUUUUCAUUUUAAAGGACUUUAAGAUUUUAGGGCUGCCAUUGUUAAAAAGAAAAUGGAGGGUUAAAUGCUGAAUUGAGAGAAUAUUAUUGCUUCCGUGGUGAAGUAAGAAAAAAACUUUGUAUUAUCAAUAAAUUAUUUAACAAGCUUAUGUUUUAAA